GUUGAGAGUGUUGUUAAAAAAGAGGUUUCGCAUAAUUCACUUUGCUUAUCAUAUGCAACUCAGGGCACUGCGAAACAUACAAUGAAGAGAUAAUGGUUACAUAUAAAUUUUAUAUCGUGCUGUUGUAAUAUAGUUUUGCAAAUAUUCCUAUAACGGGUUACCUACCUGUCUUCGCUCGGUUGAAUUUUAAGAUUCACUUGUUUGAAGUAUUCAGAUCUUGGAAAAAAUGUACGUUGGGCAAUUGCUGACCCUGCAAGCCCGCAAGAUCGCCCUCAGGAGCUUCAGUACAACCUCGAAGCUGAAGCAAAUUGGAAGCUACCAAAACCAUAACAAAAUACCGAAGAUUCUUAUUACUGGUGGAUUAGGUCAGCUCGGCAGUGACUGUGCGAAACUCUUGCGCAGCAAGUACGGAAGUGAAAAUGUAAUACUUUCCGACAUCAUCAAACCCACUGACGAGGGUCUACGGAAUGGGCCCUUUAUUUUCGCCGACAUACUUGACUUCAAGGGUCUUCAAAAAAUAAUAGUUAAUAAUCGGAUAGACUGGCUUAUACAUUUCAGCGCGCUUCUCAGUGCCGUUGGGGAGCAGAACGUACCCUUGGCUGUCAGAGUUAACAUAGAAGGAAUGCACAAUGUCAUCGAACUAGCGAGACAGUACAACCUUCGGAUAUUCGUUCCUUCAACUAUUGGCGCCUUUGGGCCGGAUUCUCCGCGCAACCCGACACCGAACGUUACAAUUCAGCGUCCACGAACCAUCUACGGAGUAAGCAAAGUUCACGCAGAACUCCUUGGGGAAUAUUAUCAUCAUAGGUUUGGCCUUGACUUCCGAUGUCUCAGGUUCCCGGGCGUAAUCAGCAGCGACCUUCCCAGCGGCGGCACCACAGAUUAUGCAAUAUCGGUCUUUCACGAGGGUAUGCGUCACGGAAAGUACGAAUGUUAUCUUGAACCCCACACAAGGAUGCCUAUGAUGUACAUCGAGGACUGUCUCAAUGCACUCUUUCAGUUCUUAAACGCACCAAACGAAGCCUUAGGCAGACGAGUUUAUAAUGUGACUGCAAUGAGCUUUACUCCGGAAGAACUCUUCGCAGAGAUAAAGAAUUACAUUCCUGAUUUACAGAUCACCUAUAAGCCAGACAGUCGGCAGCUCAUCGCCGAUGCCUGGCCCCAAGUCUUUGACGACAGCGAGGCACGACGCGAUUGGGGAUGGAAACACAAAUACGGUAUGGAGGGCCUCGUUGCUGCCAUGAUCAGAGACGUGAACGAAAAUUUACUACUUAAAAAUACCCAGCAACAAGUGAAUAGCUACGUAUAACCAAUCCAGUACUCAAAUUUGAAAGUCUUCAUUAGUGUAACUGCCCUUGUGUUCGAGUCAUACACUGCAACAGCGGUAUGAAAAACAGAAACUCUGUUACACUGGUUGAACUUUUUGGAAAGGUGGUAUAAGUUUUCAAAGAUGCCUAUUUAUGUUUGUUGU